UGGGUGUAGAUGCAUUUUCCUUAACAGGCUCUAUAGAGAAUAGGACCGAAAAUUUUUUGGCAUCUUGUAGUUUGUUACUCUUCCUUACAAAAGGCAAUAUAAAUUUCUCUUCACGGGCAAUCUCAGAUUCAACUUCUGUCACAUCAGGAUGGAUCACCAUGAAUGGCAACAGGGAAGAAGUAGGGGUCAUAGGCACUAUGAUGAUGAUGAUGAGGCCCAGCCAUUCUACAUUGGUGUUCCAGUUUCCCACCGGCGGAAAAGGCGCAGACAUCACUCCUAUGCCAGCGAUGCCAACCGUGAUUCACGACAUACACACUAUGAUCACCAUACACAGCAAGAACACUCACAUCGAGGAUAUUAUAACAAAGACGAGCACUAUAAUAAUGAAGAGGAUGGCGAAGAGUGUCGUGAGCAUGCCGAUCCUACAGUGUCCCCUGCUGCCGAAAGGCUGCGCCACAUACUGGGAGAGGAUGAUAGCACUCCAACACCAACAAUAUUCACUGAGAUGGAUACAUUACAGCAGGAGGGCGGUGAAUUAGAGUGGAAAGAGUCUGCAAGAUGGGUGAAGUUUGAGGAGAAGGUGGAGGAGGGAGGAGAAAGAUGGAGCAAGCCUCAUGUUUCCACACUCACCCUCCAUAGUCUGUUUGAGCUGAGAACCUGCCUGCAGACAGGAAGUAUUCUGCUCGACCUAGAAGGCUACUCACUGCCACAGAUCGUGGAGGAGAUUGUGGAACAACAGAUAACUGAUGGUCUCAUUCCUCCUGAUCUUAAGGAGAAGAUUAUAUUUGUGUUGCUCAGGAAGCAUCGUCAUCAGACCAAGAAGCCAAUCCACCGCUCUCUGGCAGACAUGGGAAAAUCAUCCAAUACUGCGUCUAGCCGUAGUCCUCAGGUUAAUCUGAGUCGUAGCACUAGUUCAACUUCUGGGAUCCACCGCUCCACAGAAGACCUACGUUCUCGGCAGUCAAGCAGCCUUGGCCGCCUGCAUCCUGCUCAGAGUAGAAGCAUGAAUGAUAUUUCAGACACACCAAGCACUGAUCAGCUUAAGAAUAAGUUCAUGAAGAAGAUACCUCGUGAUGCUGAAGCAUCCAAUGUCCUGAUUGGUGAAGUUGAUUUUCUGGAUAAACCCUUUGUCUCCUUUGUACGCUUGGCUCAAGCUACAACUCUGGGGGGGCUUACUGAAGUUCCUGUACCAACCAGAUUUCUCUUCAUUCUUCUGGGUCCUCAUGGCAAAACCAAAUCCUACAACGAGAUUGGCAGAGCUAUUGCUACACUCAUGGUGGAUGAUUUGUUUAGCGAUGUUGCCUAUAAGGCAAGGGACCGUGAAGACUUGAUUGCAGGUGUUGAUGAGUUUCUGGAUGAAGUGAUUGUCCUUCCUCCAGGAGAAUGGGACCCCAAGAUCCGUAUUGAACCACCCAAAAAGGUUCCAUCUGCAGAAAUGAGAAAGUCAGUGCUGAACUUAAAUGAGCUGGGUCAGGUGAAUGGUUUAGCUGGCGGAGCAGCUGGAGGUGAAGAUGAGGAGCUUCCAGCCCCACAUGAGUUGGGAGAGGAGCUGAAAUUCACUGGGAGGAUUGGUGGUGGAUUAUGGCUGGAUAUCAAAAGGAAGAUCCCAUGGUAUUGCAGUGAUAUUUAUGAUGGUUUCCAUAUCCAGUCCAUCUCUGCUGUGCUAUUCAUCUACCUAGGCUGCAUCACCAAUGCUAUCACCUUUGGAGGACUACUAGGGGAUGCUACUGACAAUUACCAGGGAGUGAUGGAGAGUUUUCUUGGCACUGCUUUAGCAGGAAGUGUCUUUUGCUUGUUUGGAGGACAGCCUCUCAUCAUUUUGAGUUCAACUGGACCCAUUCUCAUCUUUGAAAAACUGCUUUAUGAGUUCAGCAAAAACAAUGAUGUGGAUUAUAUGGAGCUUCGUCUGUGGAUUGGCCUUCACUCGUGUCUGCAGUGUUUUUUACUGGUUUUUUCAGAUGCUAGCUACAUCAUCAAAUAUAUGACCCGAUUCACAGAGGAGGGUUUCUCCAGCCUCAUUUCUUUUAUAUUCAUUUCUGAUGCAAUCAAGAAGAUGGUCGGAGCGUUUAAAUAUUACCCAAUCAACCGUGGCUUCAAACCUGAUUACAUUACAGCUUAUAAGUGUGAAUGCAUCGCUCCAGACCAGGCACCUGCACUGGGCUUGAAUGCUUCAGCUCCACUUGCAGAUGAUAAUAUGACUCUGCUGUUUAACUUAACAGAUCUGGACUGGAGUCAGCUGAGUAAGAAAGAAUGUGUCAAGUAUGGUGGUAUGCUGGUGGGGAACUCCUGUAAGUAUGUUCCUGACCUGGCCCUCAUGUCCUUCAUCCUCUUCUUUGGCACCUACUCCAUGACAGUUUCUCUUAAGAAGUUCAAGUUUAGCCGCUACUUCCCAACAAAGCUUCGCACACUGAUCAGUGAUUUUGCCAUCAUCAUUUCUAUCCUGGUCUUCUGUGGGUUGGAUUGUCUGUUGGCGCUGGACACACCCAAACUGCACGUACCCACUGAACUCAAGCCUACACGUAGUGACCGGGGCUGGCUGGUGAUGCCCUUUGGUAAGAACCCCUGGUGGUGGUGUGUGGCCAGUUUCGUUCCUGCUCUUCUGGUCACCAUCCUCAUCUUCAUGGACCAGCAGAUUAGUGCUGUCAUUGUCAACCGCAAGGAAAACAAAUUAAAGAAAAGCUGUGGCUACCACUUGGACCUGUUCUGGGUAGGUGUGCUGAUGGCUGUGUGUUCUUUCAUGGGCAUGCCAUGGUAUGUAGCAGCCACUGUCAUUUCCAUUGCUCAUAUCGACUCACUGAAGAUGGAAAGUGAAUCUAGUGCCCCUGGAGAGCAACCGCAGUUCCUUGGAGUCAGAGAGCAGAGGUUGACAGGCACUUUGGUGUUUGUCCUAACAGGACUCUCAGUCUUUCUUGCACCUAUACUUCAGUACAUCCCCAUGCCUGUCCUUUAUGGAGUCUUCCUCUACAUGGGAGUGGCUUCACUGAGUGGCAUCCAGUUCUGGGAGCGCAUCAAGCUGUAUCUAAUGCCGCCCAAACACCAGCCAGACUUCUCCUUCCUGCGUCAUGUCCCUAUGAGACGCGUCCACCUUUUCACCCUAGUCCAGAUUGUGUGUCUGGCUGUUCUCUGGAUCCUUAAGUCUACAUUUCUGGCCAUCAUCUUCCCAGUAAUGAUUCUCGGUCUCAUGGUUGUACGGAAGCUGCUGGAUUUGAUGUUCUCACAACAUGAUUUGGCCUGGCUGGAUGAUAUCCUGCCAGACAAAGACAAGAAGAAGAAGGAAGAUGAGAAGAAGAAGAAGAAAGACAAGAAAGCACCAGAGCCUGAGAGUGAUGAGGAGCCUGACAGCUCUGCAAACCCUCCAGUGAAGAUUCACAUGGAGACCACAAAGCCCCACUCAAAGUCAGACCUUUCCCAAAAUAACUCUCCCACCCAAAGCCUAUCCUCAGAUUGAGAUGAACCCUUACUCAACAGUCACAUCUGACCAAAAUGAGCUAGACCACAGGUACUGUGUGCUGAAAUUGCACGUGCCCUACAGUGAUCUGAUAUAUUCACCUGACAGGAACAUUGGGGACAAAACUGUUAUUUCCAGACCACAAAACACAGUUAUAAAUAAGAAACACACAUUUCAUUGAAUUAUCAGCUUCUGUAUUGUAUUUCUAUCCCUAGUAUGUAGGGUGAUGAUUUAGAUGAUCAUAGACUUAGACAUUUUUAUUUGUAGAGCUUAUGUUUGAAAGCU